CUAGUUUCAGACAAAGUUUGUAAUGGCCGCUCGCGACGCCGCUUGGGAGGCGCUGCGCGACGAGUUCGCCCUCCCGCCGGCGUCGAUGGAGAAUCUCCGCCAGCUCUUCCUCACCGAGGCGCGGGCGGGGCUCGCCGGAUCGGACAGCUCGCUGCGGAUGCUGCCCACCUACCUCACCCGCCGAGUCACCGGCGAGGAGACGGGAGAAUACUUCGCGCUCGACCUGGGCGGCACGCACUUCCGGGUGCUACAGCUGAGGCUUGAGGGCGGCGGCCGGAUCGGGCCGGUCCGGCAGCGCCAGUUCAAGGUGCCCGACGCGGCAAAGCGUGGCAGCGGCGCAGAGCUCUUUGGCUUUCUCGCCGACUGCGUCUCCGCCUUUGUCGCGGCCGAGUGCGGCGGCGAGGCAGCCGGCGACAUCGGCUUCACCUUCUCCUUUCCCGCCGCGCAGACCGCCAUCGACGCCGGCACGCUCGUCGCAUGGAACAAGGGCUUUGCGGCCGCCGACGCGAUCGGAGCAGACGUCGUCGCGCUGCUGCAAGCGCAGCUGGAGGCGCGCGGGCUGAAAAUGCGGGUAACCGCGCUCGCCAAUGACACCGUCGGCACGAUGGCGGCCGCGGCGUACAGCUGUCCCGGCACGGCGAUGGGUGUGAUCUUCGGCACGGGCACGAACGCGGCGUACGUCGAGCAGGCGGCGAAGAUUGGCAAGGGGCGCGGGGUCGAGGACGGCUCUCGCGAGACCGAGAUGGCGAUCAACACGGAGUGGGGCAACCUCGACACGGCGGCCGUGCGGAACGAGCACGACGCCGCCGUCGACGCGGCCUCGGAGAACCCGGGCCUGCAGCGGUUCGAGAAGAUGGUCUCCGGCAUGUACUUGGGCGAGCUGCUCCGGACAGCCCUCGCGGCGCCGGCCGUGCGCGCAGGCUUCUCGCGCACUUGCGCCGCCGGAUUCGACGCCGCCUUUAGCGAGCGCUUCUCGCUGCACACCUCCACGCUGGCAGCCAUCGAGGCGGACGCGACGCCCGACUUGGCCGAGGUGGCUCACCUGCUCGCUGAGGCGGGCGUCCAGGGAACCCUCGCGGACCGCUCCCUGCUGCGCGACGCGUGCGCCGCGGUCUCGACGCGUGCGGCGCUCCUCGCCGCCGUCGGCAUCGCAUCGCUGCUCGAGCUUGCGCAGAGCGAGCCGAGGCCCGCCACAGUCGCCGUCGACGGCACCGUCUUCGAGCGCUACCCCGGCUUCCAGGCGAGGAUGGAGGGCGGCCUCGAGAUGCUGCUCGGGCCGGAGCGCGCGCGAGACGUGUCCCUCGUCCUGACCAAGGACGGCUCGGGCGUGGGCGCCGCCAUCAUUGCCGCCGCCGCCGCGCAGGCACGGGGCGAGACACAGUGAGGGCGGGCUAUAUAGGGCGAGUGAUGCAAUGCGCAAGGCGUAUCUAAUCUAUUGAGUUAGUUUUUCGAGAG